AACUUUCUAAUUCCACAGCCCAACUCACCCAUAAAGUUCCAUAUUACAUUGAAAUAAAAUAAACAAAGACAAAAACAGAAAGCAAGAAACUCCCUAUGACACAUGGAUAAUGACAUUGAGCCAAGUUCCGUGUCUCUACGUCAGGGCUGUUGCAAAAUCAAUUGGGUUCAUUUGCAUUUUUGGUGUCAUGACAACACUAUAAUGGGACUGGCUUCAACCUGAGCAAGCAGUAAGCGGUUUAACGGUGAAGGUGCACAGACGUCUCUCCUGCCCUGAAGGGAAGCAGCUACAUUUCCACCAUCUCAAUGGCUGACAAAAUAAUACCAAGCUUUAAGGCAGCUGACCUGGUUAUCGAGCUGUCCUCCACUCCAAAGCCCAAACCGGACGUGAUUCCCUUCGGGACUGUCUUCACUGACCACAUGCUGACCAUAGAGUGGAAUGCGAGUGAGGGCUGGCAGGCUCCGCUCAUCAAGCCCUUUGGGAACCUGUCUCUCCACCCGGCCACUUCGUCACUACAUUACGCCAUUCAGCUGUAUGAAGGGUUGAAGGCGUACCGUGGGGAUGACAAACAACUGCGCUUCUUCAGACCCAUGCUCAACUUGAAACGCAUGUCCAACACCGCUAAGAGAGCGUGUUUACCUGCCUUUGAUGAGUCUGAGUUUCUGGAGUGUAUCAGGCAACUGGUAGAGACUGACAAGGACUGGGUUCCUCACUCAGACUCAGGCAGUCUCUACAUCAGACCAACAUUUAUUGCCACUGAGCCCGCUCUGGGUCUAAGGAAGCCUGGCAGUGCCUUGCUCUAUGUGAUCUUGUGUCAAGUGGGCUCUUACUUCAAGAACAAGGCAGAGCCCCUGUCCAUGUGGGCCGACCCAAAGUACACGCGGGCCUGGAAAGGAGGAACUGGAGAUUGCAAGAUGGGAGGGAACUACGGCUGUUCCUUGUUCCCCCAGUAUGAAGCAGAGGAGCACGGGUGUCAGCAGGCGCUGUGGCUGUACGGAGAGGACCACCAGAUCACUGAGGCAGGCACCAUGAACCUCUUCCUGCACUGGAUCAAUGAGGAUGGAGAGGAGGAACUUGCAACUCCACCCUUGGACGGCCUCAUACUCCCAGGUGUGACCCGACUGAGUGUCCUGGAACUGACCAGGAAAUGGGGGGAGUUUAAGGUGACAGAGCGCUACCUGACCAUGAGCCAGCUGUGCUCGGCUCUGAAGCAGCAGCGGGUCAAAGGGAUGUUUGGCUCAGGUACUGCCUCCAUGAUCUGUCCCAUCGGACACAUUGUUUACCAGGGAGAGAAAUUGCACAUCCCCUGCCAGGAUAACAACUCACUGUUGACUCAGCGGUUGACAAAGGAACUCACGGAUAUACAGUAUGGAUGCACGCCCAGCGACUGGACUGUCCUGGUGUAGCAGCGACGAAGACGCCUGGAACACACACAGUGUGUGUACAAUCAGGAAGUGCUCUUAUGCAAUAACCAAAUACUACUAUAUAACAAGAAAAACAAUGUAUAACAAUGUAUGUGCAAUAUUUGUGUUCUGACUCGUUUAAUAGGGUAUGCCGGCUCUGCGGCUAGCGUGUCACAGCGCUUUAUCUCCUUUUAAGCUUAAAUUAAUGGCAAACACACAAGUGUCCAGAAUAAUUAACAAAAGUAGGCUAAUGUCUCAUGCAAUACUGCACAAUAACUUACAGUAAUCCAGCCACCGUGGCUUACUCUGCUGCUUUCCAACCAAGGAUACAGCUGUGGCUGGGAUUGAACAUAAAAAAAGGGGAAAACAUAUUUGUGAGAUGUUAAAGUUACAGAGAAUUUCAUAUCACUUGGUAAGAGUUGCAAAGCAGCUACAAGAAGACUGUAUCUAAUUUACCUAAUUAACACAUCUUCAUAUGGGUAUGGCAUGAAAAACAAACUCAUGCGGGGUGAGAUAUUCCUUAUAAUUGUCCGUCUAUUACAUUGUUUCAGAGUUCAUGUUGAUGUAUCAAAGUUUUAGGCAGUUGUAUUGUCAACAAUUUUUUUUUAACAUUUAAAAUCUACAGCCAGGGCUUUUUCAAACAUUACCUUUUGGAAAGAACAUGUAACAUACAGUACAGUAGUUGCUUUUGUACCUCAUGGAACAUGUUAUUCAGUCAGGAGUACCGGACAAAUGUUAUUUAUCGGUCAUUCAUAUAGGACAGAGGUGUCUCUUACUAUAAAUAUAGCACAAGAAAUGUUCAGCUGACUAUGGCACAUUUACACUCAUUUGAAAGAGACCCUCUAUAUAUGAAUACUUUCAUGAUGAUUAUUAUUUAAUGUAU